AUGGAGGCCGACGCGGGGAUGUUCAGAGUAUACUGUAAACGUUUUCUGUGCUCCGAGGAUAGAUGUCGACGACACUAUAGCAACGUUGGCAACGUAAACCGGCACCGGGUCACAGAUCACGGCCGGUUUUACUCAGAAAUCGAAGAGGAGCGUAAAUCCGGGCGGAAGCAGUACAAGACGAUAGUGGCACUUGUUGUCAAAAGGCGGAAGAGGCAAGCCGGCGAGACCACGACAUCAGAGGAGCGUAGCAAGAUGGACGCUGGGGACUUGGCCAAUGCGUCCACUUCUCCAAACGACGUCGCGCAACAGUCGCGCAGGACGCUUGAUCUCGAGAGCCAGAUUAUCCCACCCCUCCCGCCUCUCGCAGGUCUUGUCGACCCUCAGCAAUAUCUCUGCGACGCUCAUCAUUUGGACCCCUAUACGGACUUCAGGACCGGCGAUGUCGACGAUGUAUUCGGCGCCGCAGGCGUCGCUUUGCACCACAUGGAGGGACCGAUCCCGCCCAAUCUACCGGGCUUAAUCAAUACGACACCCGUCUCGUCACCCUCGUUUAACUGGGUCACCCCGCCGCCUUCGUAUCCCGCUCACCCUUCUGUGUUCUCCGACGACUGCAUCUGGGCGCGUCAAGGGUUCUCCCAGACACUCGACUCGGAGCCCGUGAAUGAGAAGUUCCCGUCUCUCGACGCCACUUCACGCGCCCUCUCUCCCCGCUCUCUCGCCUAUCAGCCAGCCGCGAUGGCAAGCUACCCACCAGUCGCAGUGGCGAAUUUCUCGUCGGCCCCGACCAUGGGAUUCUCCUCGGCCUCAACGACGGACUUCCCGCCAGCCCAUCCGACGCAAUCAGAAGGCCUUUGGUGGGAGCAGAUGGAGCCUCAGGCAACGUUUCGACAGCAACGACAUGCGGACGCUUUUCGUCAACAACAACAAGAAGGGGUCGCGCUACAGCGGGAGAUUGCUUCCGCUCAACACCGAAUGGUUCAUGCGCCGCGUCAAGAGCAAGACGCGGGUAUGGUCCGCGUGCAGCAACGACUGGAGGAGGAUCCUUGGUCGGCCGCUAUGGUGCAAGAGCUUCACGCGCUCGCUCAACAGCAAUCGGCGACCUCCCCGGCGACUUAUGUCCCCGCGGACUUCGACCAUCUGGCUCCUGCAGCGGGAACCUCAGACCUUCAGCAAUCGUCCUACGCGUCCUAUCCUCCGCCUCAGCCUGACGACUUCUCUCUAUACCCUCACGACCGGGUUCGCUAUGAGCAACAGGCGCCGUCUGCUUUUGAAUGGCAGCUCUUCCCAGCCUUCGACCUGCAUCACCGGCCAGCUCUCGAACCGCGCAAGCAGAUCUCCCACGCGUCCUUCGAUUGCGCAGCCCAGCCAGCCUUCGACGCGCCGACCUUCGACGACGCCUUCAUGCCGUGGUCUUCCUUCCACUAG